AUGAAGUUUACCGUCGCCUUUGCGGCCCUCGUGGCCGUCGCCGCUGCCGCACCGGCCAACAACGUGCGUGCUGUUGACAAUGUCGACACCGUCGAGACCGUCGACACCGCGCAGCUGUGCAUCCACAUUCGGGCCUGCGUCGAAGCAUUGGCCCCCUCGAUCAAGGCGUGCGCGCUGGCCGCCGCCGACAAGGGCCGCGACCUGCACGAGGACGCCGACUGUCUCAGUGAGGCGGUGGGCGCGGUGUCGACGGUGCCCGACGCGUGCAAGAGUUGCAUGUAG